AUGAUAUUUAUAGGCUACUUUCUAAUCUAUAUAGUCCGUUACAAUCUUAGCGUUCACAUUGUUGAUAUGAUUGAGAUACCUCUGCGACAUUUUAAUGUUUAUUAUAAUGAAACGGAACGUCGUACUAUUUCACUUACAAGAUCUGGGAACAUUAUUGAUAUAAUACAUUGGAAUGAAAUAAAAAUUGCGUUGUUACUUGCGGCAUACCACAUAGGAUAUUGUAUAUGCUUUCCAAUAUUUCAUAAUAUUGGUGAUACAUUCGGACCAAUGUGGGUUGUCGGUGUAGCGGGGUUAACUUCAGGUGUGUUGAACUGUCUGACUCCAGCAUCUGCUUAUUAUAACUUCUGGUUGUUUUUUAUUGUACGCAUUUUAAUCGGAUUUUGUGCGGGUGCUAUGUUGCCAAGCAUGGUGCAAGUGCUUAGGCAUUGGGUACCACCGACUGAAAGGCAUCAUUUUAUGUGGGCUUAUUGCGGCAUUACAACAGGGACGUGUUGUACUUUCCUUAUUUGUGCCGCCGUGCAAUAUUAUUUUAGGUGGUUUGUAGGAUUUUACAUUUCCGGAACAUUGCAAAUAAUUUGGGCUGGUGCUUGGAUAUUUUUAGUCACGGAUAACCCAACGAAACAUUCUUUUAUAUCUAAAGAAGAAUUGUCAUAUUUAAUAACGGCAAUUGGAACAGUCUUUAAUAUAAAGUUAACAAACUCGCAAGCUCCGUGGAAAUUGAUUUUAAAAUCUGUUCCAUUUUGGGCUAUUUGUAUUCUCAACUUUGGUUACGCUUGGAUGAUCAUAUCAGUGUGUAUACAUGGACCUCUUUACUAUACUGUUAUCCUUAAAUACAGUGCUUAUGAAGCCUCAGCGUUAACAGCGUUACCUUUUCUUUUAAGAUUGAUAUUCGGAACAAUUAUUAUUCAAACAUAUCACUGGUAUAAACAUAGUUCAAAAAUUAAAAGAAUUAAAUAUAUACGGAAGUAUUUUAUAGUUGUUUCUCACGUAUUACCGGGACUUUUGGUAUCGACGACGUGGUUCUUUCCGAAUAACCCUGGCCCUAUUUUGUUGACCACAGCUAUUGCCCUUACCGCAGCUGGAAUGGAUCUUACUUUAGAUAUUUGUUACGAACUAUCGCCUAAUUAUGUAAAUUCAAUUAAUACUGUGAUUAAAAUAAUAGGAAAUGUGCCUGGAAUUAUUAUUUCACUGUGCGUUGGAGAAGUUACUCAUAAAUACUCUGGUCUUGUGUGGAAAUAUGUGUGGAGUUUUCACGGUACAGUACUGCUGUUGAGCGGACUGUUCUUUCUUGUUUGGGGAGAAACAAACGUUCAAGAAUGGAAUGAAAUACGACGAAAGCCACGGCGGAAAAGACAUCUCGUAAUUAGACCCUCUAUUAUGUCAAACAUAAUUGAAGUGGAAGAGAGUGAUGAGACUUCGUAUCGCUCUUCAAUUCCUCAGCGACUGAGAAAUUUUAAAUCGUUAAAAUUUCAACCAAAUGAAACAAAAAAUAGAAUGUAAUGAAAAAAAUAAAGAAUAAAAGAAAAAAUAAAAUGUAAUUAAA